AUGGAAAUAGCAGCUGCUGCUUGGCCCCAUAGCUGGCCCCGACAAGAGCCCCUUGAGGGGUCCCAGGGGACCCCCAGUUGCUCUUGGGGGCCCCCCAAAAAGGGCCCACGGGGGCCCCCCAGGGCCCCACCAAGGGGGCCCAGGGGGGCCCCCGCUGCCCUUAUUUGCAAGCCGCGGGGCUCAGCUCUGGGCCUAAGCAGCUGCCUCAGUCUCCAGGGCCUUUUCUUUUCACCCAUUUCUUUGGGGCUUUCCACUGCAUGCAGUCAACUCCAGCCAAUAUAUGACAAGUGCCACGGGGCCCCCAUGAGCUCUGAGGAGCCACAAGAGACCUUAGGGGCCCCCACGAGACCCGAGGAGCCCUCAGGCCGCUCUGAAGAGCCUCAAGAGCUUCCAGUGAACCCCAGGGGCCCCCCAGCAGCUUGGAGGGGCCCCCAGGGGCCCUCAGGAGCUUUGAAGGGCCCCCUUGGGCUUUGGGGGGCCUCCAAGGGCCCCGAGAGAGGCCUAGUGACCUUGGAGGCCCCCCCAGGUUCUAUAAAGAGCCCUAGAGAGUCAUAG